GGUGUGUUUCAAAUGGCUUUCCGUUGGUGUUGCUAGUGUUAUUUCUCUCUUCGAAAUAGUCGUACAAGUAGAUGAUUAUCAAGCGUCACUCCUGUACUGUGUGGUGUGUUGAACACACGCUUCCAUCCUCAUCUAAGAGGGAUCGUGCUAUAUUUAAUGUUACCAAAUAUGGACCACAUGCCAUGGCAUCGUUUCAAGGUCACGGGGGUCAAAUCUGUUUAUAUCUCUCUACUAACGGGCAUAAGGAGGUUUCAGGAGAACCAUGAGCCGCUAUCUUCCCGCCCUUCUCCCGGGCCACACCCCUAGGGUCCCCGCCCUCCCGCCGAACGUCAUAGUGGACGGCGGUCUCGUCUGCACAUUCCUCCCCAACGGCAACAUGGAUUUCGAAGACGAAGGUCACGGUCAACUGAUUCUCGACGGCUUGCGUCGACUGAGGGAAGAAGCUAAGGUAGCGGAUGACGUCACCUGCAUUGUGAAGUAUGUCUUUGAAGAUCAUUGGACAGCAGACGUCAUUUCCGGUGAGUUCGACUCCUGCAGCGACGUCAGGGACCAGAAGCUAGUACUGCAGGCGUUGGGUGAUUUAAGACUUUCUGGUAGAUAUGCGAAUAUAUCUUUGUGUUCAGACGACGGAGGAGUUGUGAAGGGUCACAGAGUGGUUCUGGCGGCUGCCUGUCCGUAUUUUGACGCCAUGUUUCUCCGAGAGUUUGAGGAGGAAGGCAAACAGAGUAUAGACAUACAAGAAGUCCCCACACAGACCCUCAAACUUGUGACUGAGUUCGUGUACAGCGGAAAAGCGGUUUUGACGGAAGAGCUAGUAGAGACAGCACUACACGCGGCGUGUCUGUUUCAAGUCAGAUCUCUGACAAAAGCGUGCUGCAAAUUUCUCGAAAGGCAGUUGGACAAUUCCAACUGUGUCGCGGUUCUCAGUCUGAGCGACAUGUACGCAUGCGCAGAUCUAGAAGAAAAGGCAAAAUCUUACAUCCUCCAAAACUUCUUCUGGGCUAGCGACAGUGAAGAUUUUGUUUGCCUUCCCUGCGAUAUGCUGAUCUCUUUGAUCACAGACAAACGUCUAACUCUCAACCGAGAGAGUAUAUACGAGGCCGUUAUAAGAUGGGUGGGCCACGACACUCAAAACAGACAACAGUUUCUUCCGGAUUUGUUAGAAAAAGUCGGAUUGCAUUUGUUGAAUGAAGGCUACAUCAUGACUAACUUGGACUCUGAACCAUUGAUUUUAAGAUCGAACAGGGCUUUAGCUCUCUUGGCGCAAGUAAAGAAACGACUUUGGGACCACAAGAAAGACGCUUGUAUGGAAGACGUCAUGGUUAUCCUAGGUGGUUCUGGGUACGAGGACGAUCCCAUGAAGCUUCACGUCGUCAUGACGAUGGACUGGUACAACCCAGUCUCGCGCAGGUGGGGAAUUCUCGCGAAACUUCCGCCGAGCAUGUACGACACGUGCUUGAUGGCGGACGCCAUUGACAGUGACAUCUACGUGGUUUCAGCGGCUGAAGAGCCCGUGAAGUUCUGCGUAGCGUGGCGCUACAACGUCGUAAACAAUGCUUGGAUGACGUUACCACCCAUGACGCAGUAUAGACAGGCGUAUUUCAAAGUCGUAGCGUUGAACGGGCAAGUUUACGUACUGGGCAACGACAGAGUGUUGAGUCAUCAGCAACCCUGUGAGAAGUACAACCCGAACUACAACGUCUGGACAACAGUGGACCCACCACCAAAGACACUCAAGAAAUUUAGUGUAGCAGUUUGUAACAACAGGUUGUUUGCCAUGGGUUUUUCGGCUGCGUCUGACGAGGUAGAGAUUCUGAGCCUGGAUCCCAAGACGGAUACGUGGCAGGAGGAGUACACCCCCUCCUUCAAACCCCGGAGGAAGAGUUUCCACACCAUCUGUGUCAGAAACCUCAUCUACUUCAUCGGCAUGAGCGGCAGUAAGGUUGACGCGUACGACCCAGAGAAGCACGAGUGGGUGAAAGUGGCGCCGUUAAACGGAGACCAUUGGAUGGGCGCCAUGACAGUUUUAAACGGGAAAAUCUUCAUCUGCGGGGGGCGGUCUCGUCAGAGGUAUCUUACAGAGAAUGUGGAGUGCUACUACCCAGAGUCCGAUAAAUGGCGAGUUGCAGCGGAGAUGCCGAUAUUGAGGCGAGGCCACAAGUGUCUGACCGUCGCCAAACCGGUGGUGAAAGAAGACAAGUGUAGCAUGCCAUCUGUUAUAUGCAGCAUUUGCUAAGAAGACAAGUGCAGCAUGCCAU